AUGGCAACGGCCCUGGACUUCCGCCGCCGCCGCCGCGAGGAAGCAAACCUUCUUGUGACAGUCAGCUCUCUCAACAAAGCCCUCGUGUCGGCAGAUUCCAAUGCCUCGGCUAUGUUUGAGCAACUGCUGUCGUCGAUCAGCCAGCUGCGGUCUUCAGCGGAAUCGCUCUCGAGUGCACUCGUACAUGCCCAGGCCUCGGCCUCUAGUGCCAUAUCGGCUGUCGAGGCCUCUGCUGCCUCUGCUGUGUCUGCCGCCCGAGAAUCCAUCGCGUCGGUUCCUGCCGUCGAGACAAGCUCGACAACACUUCAGACACAGGUCGAUUCCAGAGUACAGGCCGCGCAAAGCAAUGCGGUGACUGUAGCCCAAACUGCGGUUGCCGUCGUCGCCUCCGUCAUCGGCUCGUCCAUCUUCUCGCUUCUCGGGUUCUACCUCUUCAUCCGACACCGACGCGCGAAGCUGAAGCAGCAGGAGGAGGAGCAGGAAGUCAAUGCUGCGCUGGAUCGCGCCAUCGUCAGCUACAUCGUGAAGGAGCACCCGAGCCCGACACAGACAGACCGGCAGGGGACGGAAGACAUGGGGAGGAGCGAGAGCCACAACUCGGCCUCAGGCUCCCAGGGCCCGCCAAUGGUGGACAUGCCGCGGAGCCUGACAGAGUGGCAACUAUCCACGCAACUACCCACUCAGUUGCCGGGAAUGCCCGCCAGCAUGUACGGGUACACGAUGGACCAGCCCAUCGAGCGAGUCGCUUCCACUUCAACCGGCCGGCCAGAACCCAGGCCACGGGUUUCUCCUGGGCCAUCCUUCGAGGCUGGGCCGUACGCUUCGAGGCAGUCGUCGACUCUUGGGAAUCCCUCGCCCAAGCGAAGAGACUCGAACUGGCCCCUGACAGGGUCCACAUGGCUUUGA